CACCCUAUCAGCGUUGUUCUUUUAAUUCAUUUUCAUGUUCAGAGGCUCCCAAAUUUGGGCUCUGUUUCGCUCUUGUGCCGUCGCUCGCUUAGUUCUGUAUUGCAGGGUUAGCUAUUGGAGAAGCAGCUAAAAAGAGAGAGCUCCACCCAUGAGUAAGCUUCAGAGCGAUACACUUAGGGAGGUAAUUUCCCAAGUCGUAAACAACGCGAAGGAGAAGAAGCGUAACUUUACGGAAACCGUGGAGCUUCAAAUCGGAUUGAAGAACUAUGAUCCCCAGAAAGACAAGCGCUUCAGCGGUUCCGUGAAGCUUCCUCACAUCCCUCGCCCUAAGAUGAAGGUUUGCAUGCUCGGUGACGCCCAGCACAUUGAACAGGCUGAGAAGAUAGGAUUGGAGUAUAUGGAUGUUGAAGGGUUGAAGAAGCUCAACAAGAACAAGAAACUGGUCAAGAAGCUCGCCAAGAAGUACCACGCCUUUUUAGCAUCUGAGUCCGUCAUUAAGCAAAUUCCUCGUCUUUUGGGCCCUGGUCUUAACAAGGCAGGUAAGUUUCCAACGCUGGUGAGUCAUCAAGAAACCCUGGAGUCAAAGGUUAAUGAAACAAAAGCCACUGUGAAGUUUCAACUCAAGAAGGUUCUCUGUAUGGGUGUUGCUGUGGGGAAUUGUAGCAUGGAGGAAAAGCAGAUUUUCCAGAAUGUGCAAAUGAGUGUCAACUUUCUUGUCUCAUUGUUGAAGAAAAAUUGGCAGAAUGUGAGGUGCUUGAAUCUGAAGAGUACCAUGGGACCUGCAAUCCGCCUUUAUUAAGUUCAUUUUGCCGUUUGCUAGAGUUAUUUCAUGAGCGAGAGAACCUACGUACAAAAAAAUCACAUGAGAGAGCAUCAUUUUUUGAGCAUUGCGGCAGAGGGCCUUUUUUGUUUUCUUUGUUUGGACUCUUAAGCUUCAAAGUUUAGUUAUUAACUUAUUGGUGUUAAUUUUGUUUCAGUUUGAUGGUUGUACUUGGGGUAUUGGUAUUAAAUAAAUUCUAUUUUAAUA